GACAACGGCCCCACACGUGCGACACCAUGGUAGGGUCCAAUAUAGAGAGGGGUAAUGGUCACCAAGGGCAAAUCCCGGCAGGAUUCAGCAAACAGGGCGGUUAACGGCGCUGCUGUAGUUCCAUCCGCAUUCGGUUUCCCUGCUCGGCAGGCCGCCAGGCAACACCUCAGGCCAAGGCGAGCAAGCGCGAAGCAGCAAGAUGCCGAGAGCAUGCCCUUCUUGCUGGAUAGCGUCAGCCAGGUUGUUGAAAGGAGAAGCCAUCAUGUCUCGGGCAUCGAGGUUGCAGCAGCAGCCGGAAGAACAUAAAAAAUUGGAUCUUCCGCGCGUGACCGAGUAGACGGCUGGUAGAGGAAAGGCCUUCCCGAGAGCAACGGACGCAACUGGCGCGAAAGCAGCGCUCGACAACGAGGAUACAGCGCGGAGAAACGGGGCACCGCCUACGGCACUUUGGAGGACUUCAAGAACGAAAUUGUGGAGGUUGAUGAAACGGCGGGGGAAUAACUCGCAGUAUGAGGGAGGGAUGAGAGCGAGCGGGAGUUGGGUGGGGAUAUAGGAGGGCUCGUUGCUCUAGGGGUGAUCCAGGUAAAGUAGGUUAAGCACCUCUUGAGCAAACAAGCAUUGCAUGAGAAUUGAAUGACACAUGCUGAAAUGUAGGUGCAAAUAUGUUUGUAGCAGCAUCGCAUGCGUUCGUAGUUUGGGGAGCAGGAAAGAGAGCUGAGCCGAUGCUCAGAAAUAUACCUUGCCCUGACACCGAUUAAGAUUUUUUUUGCCGUGUCGUAACCCGUUUGACAAAGGAUCUUUCAGCAUGGCCAUGUGUGUGGUUCCCUUUGUGUACGUCGUUUUCAGGUGGGCUCCCUUUUUUGGGCCAACGUGCCACGUGCGUGAUUUUUAAGGAAGAGAAUGGAGGUAGCACUAAUCAUGCUCCGGUGGUCACGGUAUACUGCGCUUUGUGUCAAGGGACCAACGCAUUUUACCGCGUGAAUGAGUUCUCAACAUUUUGUUGUUCGUGGUGUGUAAACCACAAACGCCACACCUCUCCACAAGGAGUUUUCUCUAUUUCGUGCGGUCUACAAUAGUUCACUAACCGUGCAGAACACCCCCCUCCAUGAGAAUCUCCCCCCCAAAAGACUGGCCGAAGCUCAAAACUUUGAGUUAAGCCCUGGGGCAUUUUACUUUUAUUCGUCGCGGUUGGCCAAUGUCCGAGGCAUUCACUCCCGGGAUCUUUAGCGUUUCAUUCGCCUCCGUAGGGUGGCACUUCUCGUUCUGCAAUUAUAGCCCCUUCGACCCAUAAAUUUAGUGUAGAGGGUGUCUAUCGCGACCUUCGGACGCACGAAACACAUACACCCAUACACAACCAGCAGAUCACAUCAGCCACAACUCCGGCGUACAGGCAAGCACCUCUACCUGGUGCUUUGCUGCAGCACACUGAGAAUAGGAACAACAACAUGCCAAGUAAAGACGCCAAGCGCAAAGGUUGCAAGAGCACAUCGCAGGGGGGCAUUUGUCUCCCACCUACGUCUUGAGCCUAUUUUAGGGGAUGGUGUUCGACAAAAGUAAAUUCACCUUGGACAGUUGCACAGCACCUUUCCAUGAAAAGGCAGCAAACAAAAAUGAACUCCAAAUGGAAAACCGCCUACCGAAACUUUCUCGCCGCCCUUGUCCGUGUAGCGGCCAGUGGGUGCUUGUCGAAAUGGCGCAACCCAAUAUAAUUCCCUAGCCCCCCUCUGGUUGGGACCAAAUUGUGUCCGGACGGUAUCCACGCUGCUCGUCCAGCAGUAUCGUCAUCGUCAUGCGCGUGUCGACUUCGUCGGACCCCGUUCGCUUGUCCAUGCCAGUCUUCUUGAUAUUUUUUUCGGUCACGUAUCGUUGGAUGCUCGCCUCAGGCAUUAGAUCACGAAAUUUUCAGGGGCAAGGUGCAUUGUCAACGUUCACGGAAGCCCUGUGGCAUUAUUGCGUGUUUUUCGAAAGGCGAUAUCUGGAGGCACACGCCCUAAUAGCCGAUAUCUGUUCAGUUUUAGGUGGGUCUAGGAUGGUGGUGUGAGGUGUCGGAAGGGAAGGAUUGAAGCCCUUGCAGACGAUCCUGAAUUCUCAACCUCUUUGGGUUUGUGACCCAGCCCGAAAGAUAACCCAGGAGUCGAAGCAAACCGCACAGACCAGUUCCGGAGCAUUGAGCACGAAAAACAAGUUCGGAUCUGCCCUGCUGUACCUGUCAACCUGUUUCACUGCUGUAGAACCAGUGCUAAAAUGGCGUUGCUAAGGGGUAUUAUUAACGACCAAAAAAUCACGGAACAUUUCACGGAAGCGUGUUUUCUUGAACAAAUGUGGAGGCGUUCUUCCCCGAAAACGUGAAAAGAAGGAGCCGGGAUGUUUUGGGGCUUGCUACUUUCACGGAUCCGUGUUUUGACAGAAGCAUCGGACAAGCGCACCGCGGGCGCUGUAACAUCACUGAGAACGCUAGAAAGACCUGCCAGACUCACGUCCAGAUCUGUUGUGGAGAUGGACAAGCGGCAGAAGUGGCGUUCAGUCCGUUCUUGGCCCAAAAUUUGACAUUGCGUUGUGCUCUCGUCUUCAACUGCUGCUGUUGGUGC